GGCAGCUUUCUUUUUUUUUCAUCUCUCUCUCUCCCUACUGAUGAAGCAUAGCUGCGCUUGGAGAGAUACCUUCCCCAGCUUACUGUGUCUGUUGCCUAUAGAAGCAAAAGGAGGAGAGAAGGAGAGAGAGAGAGAGACGGUUGACGGAGGCUGCUGUGGUUCAGCUGUCCAGAAGAUAUAUGGAUCUGUCUCACUCGUGCAGGAAAACUAUCACCAGCACAGUGAGAGCAGGACCAUCAACCAGCGUCUAAGGAACUAAGCAGCGCCCCUCUGCCUGUCGCAAUGCAAAACCCUGGCGUGCAAAGGAGACGAGAGGAAAGUGUACUUUCUCAUUGGAAAGCCUAGUCUUCCAGCUCAAGCGACAAAACAACAGCUGGUCUCUUUUUCUUCCAAAGCACCUGCAUCUUAGAGGGGAUGUUUCCAGGACACCUUGCAGAAAGCAGUCUAGGGUACACCUACCAAGGAGGUGUCUUGAGGGGUCACUCCUCUGCUCCUGCUUACGAUGAAAGAAAUAUCAUGUUGGCUACUGGUACUGCUGUCAUUUUGGUCAUCUGAAGGUGGGAAGUGGAAAAAGACCAGACUCUAGUUCUUCUGAAUAAAGUCGCUGAUGUUUGCCUUCUAAUGAAGAGAAGACAGGAGUCUGCUUCCAAAAGUAACCAAAGCAGACUUUUGAAAGAUAACUCAUGGAUCUGUGAGCCAUUGGGUGACACUGUUGGUAGGAGAUCCUUACACCCAAACUCCACUGUGAUGUUUAUUCCUUACUGAAGAGAACACAAAUAUUUUUCAACCAGGAAGGUUUUUUAAAAAGUAGAAAAAAACACCACCCAGAAAGAACAUUUGAUUGAUUCUGCCAUUUCCUUAGGCAAAGCCAUGUGAGAAGAUGACCCUCUGAUGAGAACUAUUCCUCUAUACAAGGCGAAGACUUCAGUCCAUCCAAUAUUGAUGCAUGAAUCACCUCCUAAUAUAAUCUUUAAGACACUAUCAAAAAAGGAGUAAGGAAUUCAUGAGUGAACAGAGAAAAUGGAAAAGGCCUGAGUAAGAAAUGACUGAGGUCUAUUUCAGAUUCCGUGGAAAUCUUACUGGUCGUGCCCACCCACCCCCAACCCUGGCUACAGGAGUGUCAAAUGCAGAUAAAUACUCCAACUUGUAUAUGUAUGUAGGGUUGUUUCUGACCCUAUUGGCCAUCCUACUCAUUCUACUUUUCACCAUGCUCCUGCGCCUGAAACAUGUCAUCUCCCCUAUUACCACAUCUCCAGAGAGCACCGAGAACAUCCAGCAGUUUACAGAUGUUGAAAUGCAUGCCAGGAUCCCCAGUACCUAGUGGGCUGGGGGCUGGGAAGCAACUGGGUGCAAAAAAAAGAUUGUCUGCAGAGAGAAACCAAUUUCAUAUGUUGGAGUGUGUGGAGUGGAAGAUUCUGCUCUCGUAUUCUAGAUUUCUGGAGUACAAACUCUGGACAGCCUUGAGGGAUGGACUGGCAGAGGGUUGGCCUGGAUGGCAUUUGAGGUCCUUUCCAACUCAUUGAUUCAGUUUGCCUUGGAAAUGGCAAGACAAUUAUCCUGCAAACUUAGCUUGACACCAAGAGCUGUAAGCAGCAUGUGCUGAGACGUUUGGUUUCAAACAACCUACAUAUAGCCAUAUGAAGCUGCUUUAUAAUGAGCUGGUAUAAUCUGGCCCUGUACUCAUUAUUCUGGACUGGUAAGAGCUCUCCAAAACAGCCCAGGUGACUCAACAAAACUGUUUUUUUGCAGGAGAAAAUAGAGGACUCCUGGACUUAACGAUGAAUAAAAGCAAUAGGAGGAACUAGCACUGUAUCAAAACCUGCUUGCCUAUUUCUCCCUCUGUGAGAGAGGUUGCAGGUUUAUCUGCCUCAUUCUCAGGACAUUUGAGCAUUU